CUCUUUCAAGCAAUAACUUAUUUUUCACAAAAAAUAAACAUGAGGUUCCCUUUAUAUUUUUUAACCAUUUUCUUUUUAUGCAUUAUUGCACGAACACCUUUGUGUUCUUGCAAUGAUACAAUUCUUGAAUGUCUUAACAACCAUUCAAAUCCUUCUCAUCCAAUUUCCUCUGCCAUUUACACCCCAAACAACUCUUCAUUUUCUCUUGUUUUACGAGAAUAUUUACGAAACCUGAGAUUUAACGAGUCUAAUACAAAAAAACCACUUUUUAUUGUGACUCCAACACACAUCUCACACAUUCAGUUGUCGAUAUUAUGCGCCAAUAAGCAUGACCUCCAAAUGAAAAUCCGAAGUGGGGGCCAUGACUUUGAAGGCGUGUCAUAUGUCUCAGACGUGCCAUUUUUUAUCCUUGACAUGUUCAACUUUCGAUCGAUUAAUGUUAGCAUCGAGGAUGAGACUGCUUGGAUUGAAGUUGGAGCCACCUCAGGAGAAGUUUACUAUUUAAUUGCCAACAAAAGCAAUGUGCAUGGCUUCCCUGCUGGUGUGUGCACAACUAUUGGAAUGGGUGGCCAUAUUGGUGGCGGCGGAUAUGGAAACAUGAUGAGAAAAUACGGCCUCACUGUGGAUAACGUCAUUGAUGCCAAGUUGAUCGACGUCAAGGGCAAUCUUCUUGAUCGAAAAUCCAUGGGAGAGGACUUGUUCUGGGCCAUCACUGGUGGCGGCGCUUACAGCUUUGGAGUUGUCCUGUCAUACAAAAUAAAACUGGUACGCGUCCCACCUAAGGUCACCGUCUUCAGAGUCACCAGAACCUACGACCAGAACCUAACCAACAUCGUCUAUCGCCACCAACGCGUCUCGAACCACCUAGACAACAACCUUUUCAUCCGGCUCACACUUGGAGUGGCCAACAAGACCAUAAGCGCCACCUUCAACUCCCUCUUCCUCGGAGACUCGAAAACCCUUCUCUCCACCAUGAAUAAAAGCUUCCCGGAGCUAGGGUUAAAUCAGGAGGACUGCACAGAAAUGGCAUGGAUAGAAUCAGUGCUCUUCUACACAAAUUUCCCAGCAAAAACCCCAUUGGAGGCCUUGCUCAUUAGGCAGCCCCAAGGACUAAACUACUUCAAGAUCAAAUCAGAUUAUCUUCAGACCCCAAUGCCAAAAGAAGGCAUAGAGUUCAUAUUCAAGAAAAUGGUGGAGCUUGAGAGAGUGGCGUUGACGUUCAACCCAUACGGCGGAUCAAUGGCGGAGAUUCCCUCUACGGCAAAACCCUUUCCCCAUCGAUCUGGAAAUAUUGCUAUGAUUCAAUACGCAAUAAGCUGGCUGGAAGAGGGUGACAAGGCGGCUGAGAGAAACCUAGGGUUAAUAAGACAACUCUAUGAACAUAUGACUCCAUUUGUUUCGGAGAAUCCUAGGGCGGCGUUUUUGAACUACCGAGACUUAGAUUUGGGAAUCAACCACAAUAAUAAUGGACCGCAAAGUUACUCGGAGGGAAUGGAGUAUGGAUUGAAGUAUUUCAAGGAGAACUUUGAUAGGUUGGUGAAGAUAAAAAGCAAGGUUGAUCCUCAAAAUUUCUUUAGGAAUGAACAAAGCAUCCCUAUCUUCCCCCAACCAAGUUAACCAGGCCGUCCACCACAAGUGUUUCUUCAAUAGUUUAAUUGUUAUUUCU